UAAUACAUAACCUGCUAAAAAUUCUAAACUCAUAAAUAAAUUUUAUAAAUUUAUAAUCAACCAAAACAUUGAAUUAGUAUUAAAUGGUAACAAGAAGAGAAGAUGAUACGCUUCAGGGCAUUCUUCAAAUUUUUUAUAAGAAACUUCAAAUUACUGAAAAAAUACUUCUUUACGCAUAUUUAAUUGACAUGACUCUAUACACAUUUUUAUUUACUAUUUAUUUAUUAGUAUCUGGAAAAUUUGUUACUAAUAUUGCAUCUCUUGCACUGAUACUCUUUCCUAUUAUUUCUGGAAUAACAAUGUUUUACAGCAAAACAAUCUUACAUGGAAUUUCAUUCCUUGUAGUACAUUCCUUUCCUCUUAUCGUAGGCGUGUUCCUUUUUUACACGCAAAGAAACACUUGUUCGGAUUUACCAUCAGAAUUUUGCUUCUUUCCGACAAAUGUAACAUUUUAUACAUCAGGCGUACUCUUACUUAUAUUUUUAAUUAUAUCCACGAUAUUUUAUUGCACAAUGAUAUAUCAUCUUUGGUCAAAAAAGAUAUGGCCUAUAAGACAUAAAUAUCCAUACAUAAAUGAUAAAGAUAUAAUAAGCAUGGAUGCUAUAUACCAAAUACAAUUCCCAAUUUUCCAUGCGAAAAUCAUGAUUAUAGGAUUGUAUACAAUUUUAUAUAUAUAUACGGUUUGGAUUAUAAGCAUAUUAGAGAAAAACCUACGUGGAAUGAGAAUUAUUAAUUUUUUUGUCCCAUUAAAUAUCGUAAUUAUAUAUUAUGCAUAUUUGAUGUUGAAAGGUGUAAGAGAUGAGAAAAAAUGGAUGAUGUACAUCGUAUAUUUUGGGAACAUUUUUCAAGCCAUCUUUUUAUAUUAUGCAACAAAAGAUAUUUGUUAUAGUUCUCAUAAACCAUUUUCUUUUACAUAUUGUUUUAAAUAUGGCGCUUUUUUCGAUGUGUUUUGUAGUUUAACAGUAAUAUCCUGGAUAAUAUUGAUUUUAUCCACAUGGAAUUCGAUUAGAUGUCAAAGAAAUUUCGGGUUGCAUCUUGGACAAUUUCGUAAGUAAUUUAUUUUACAAGCAAAUUAAAGAACAUAUAAUAAUUACACCCAACACUAGAACACAAAAAAUUCCUUUCAUAAACCUAUUAUUUCCUUCAAUAGAUUGGAAUAAUUAUUAUAAAUUGUUUAUUUUAUCAAA